GAUAGUAAACAGAUAAUAUUUUCACAUUCAGUAUUACAUAAUUGAAUUUAUUAUUAUUGAAUUUGAAAUUAAAUACAUAAUUAUAUUUAAGUGCAGCUUUUAAAUACCAUAUUUCAAAAUGUCAGCAGAAGAUGUUUUAUUUGAUAUGUUACAUGCCGAAAUAGUUUCAUAUAUGGUUUCCAAAGAUUCCAAAACAGAAGAUGAAGAUUUAUCUAUGUUAGAACAUUUAGGUUAUUCAUGUGGGUGGCGUCUUAUAGAGAGAAUAACUAAAGAAUUACCAAGAUAUAAAGAAGAACUUGAAAUAUUAAAAUUUAUCUGCACUGAUUUUUGGUCUUGUGUAUAUAAAAAACAAGUGGAUAAUUUAAGGACUAAUCACCAAGGAGUUUAUGUUUUACAAGAUAAUGAAUUUAGAUUUCUAAACAAACUUUCAAAUGGAACUCAGUAUUUAAAAGAAGCCCCCAAGUAUGCUACAUUUACAAGCGGCUUAAUUAGAGGAGCUUUGGAGAAUUUUGGAAUUGCUAGUAUAGUUACUGUAGAAAUCAACAGAAUGCCUUCCUGUAAAUUUCAUGUUCACGUACAACAAUCUUCUUAAAUUAUUUUAAUUACAUUUGUAUAUUAUUAACCAAAUUUUAAAAAACAAAUUAUAGUAUGCAUUCCAAAUGUAAAUAUUGAAAAAAUAUGUUUAUUAUUUAUUAUUAAUUAAAAUGUUUUGUAAUUUACUAAAAUGAACUUUUAAACAAAGUUAAUACUCUACUAAAAACGAAGGAUUGAAUAAUGUUUGAAGUACAUUAAUUAUUAACCCUUAAAGUUUAUAAUCAUUGCAUUACGCUCAAAUGCUCUAAAUUAUCAAGUAUGAA